UUAUUAUGAUCACAUAGAGAGAGGCAACUACUGCUAUAGUAUGCCAGAGUUUAAAUCUGUACAUACCAGCAUUGGAAACCCAGUUCUGAUUGUCUGUGUGUGUUGCAGACUUUAGGCCCUCAUAAAUCAACGAGAAAACCAGCCCAAAACCGAACCUGUACGAUCCCAAAUAUGCUGUGUUUACCCUCCUACACGGCAGGUCAAGUUUCAAAGUUUCCCUCUCCGGGUUACGUGAAACACAACAAAUAUUGACUGGGGCCAAGUGUCUAUCAGCACUCAGUGGAUUUUUAACCCUCAUUUUUGGGAUCUUUCUGCUCCCUCUUGAGUCCCGGCUGAAGGACUAUAUCUGGGAGUGUUAAACCUCAGGCAACACAUACAGGCCUGGAACCAUGAGACGCCUGGCUCUCCUCCUAGGCCUGCUGGCCCUACACCAAACCCACUGCUUUGAGUUUGUGGUCGAGGGCGAGUGGGAGACGGAAACGUCAUUAGAUGAACAACAUGGACGAUUUAAGAGGGCAUUAUUGACCAGUGAGGAGCAGGAAGACUUUGAGGCCAUCCGGGGUGAUGACAUCACAGUUAAGAGCUACAAGGUGGAGAGCCGCAUCACGUCGCGGUUCUGCCACACCACGGUCAAGAGCUCUGUGGUCAACUCUGGUCCAAAUGCCCAGAGCAUUGGCUUCAACGUCCAGAUCCCCAAACAAGCCUUCAUCACCAACUUCACCAUGAAUGUGAAUGGGAUCACGUUUGUGGGCUCAGUGAAGGAGAAGACUGUGGCUAGGAACCUCUACGCUCAGGCUAGAGCCAGAGGGAAGGCUGCAGGCCUCGUCAGGGCUAACUCCCAGGACAUGGAGACCUUUAAGACAGAGGUCCACGUGCCUCCCGGCAGUAAGAUAGAGUUUGAGUUGCACUACCAGGAAAUGAUGCAGAGGAAGCUGGGCUUCUAUGAACACUCACUACACCUGCAGCCUGGACGACUGGUGCCUCAGUUCCAGGUGGACGUGUAUAUCUAUGAGCCCAUCGGCAUCGCCUCUGUGGAGACACCCAACACCUUGGGAGAGCAUUUCAGCGGCAUGGCCAAACUCACCUCCUCGAAGGACAAGGCUCACGUGGUGUUCAAGCCCUCGCUCCAGCAGCAGAGGAAGUGCGAGAACUGCACCACCAGCGCUAUCGAUGGCAUCUUUACCGUCAAAUACGACGUCCUGAGAGACAGCAAUGCCGGGGAACUACAUGUUUCUGACGGGCAUUUUGUGCAUUUCUUCGCCCCGGCCAACCUCUCCCCCCUUCCUAAAAACAUUGUAUUCGUCAUUGACGUCAGUGGAUCUAUGUGGGGAGUCAAGAUGAAGCAGACUGUGGAGGCUAUGCAGACCAUAUUGGAUGACCUGACCAUGGAUGACUACUUCAGCAUAGUUGACUUCAACCACAACGUGCGCUGCUGGAGUGAGGAGCUGGUUCCAGGAAGCACCAUACAGGUGGCUGAGGCCAAGAAAUACAUCCAGAACAUCAAACCCAACGGAGGCACCAAUAUCAAUGAGGCAUUGAUGAGGGCGGUGCAGAUGCUGGUGAAGGCGUCCAAUCAGGGCAUGAUUGACCCACGCUCUGUCUCCAUGAUCAUGCUGGUGUCUGAUGGAGACCCCACUGUCGGAGAGAUCAAGCUCAGCGCCAUCCAGAAGAAUGUGAAGAAGGUCAUGAGGGAGGAGUUCUCUCUCUUCUCAUUGGGCAUCGGCUUCGAUGUCGACUACGACUUCCUGGAACGCAUCGCCAUGGAGAAUAGGGGCGUGGCCCAGAGGAUCUACACCAGCCACGACGCCUCAGAUCAGAUACGGCGGUUCUACAGCCAGGUCUCGUCUCCUCUCCUGAGGAAGAUCACAGUUCAGUUCCCAGAGGACUCUGUCUCUGACGUCACACAGAACCACUUUGACAAGUACUUCAGUGGCUCAGAGCUGGUGGUGGCUGGGAAGGUGCUGCCCUCUGAGUCCACUACUCUAAACAGCUUCACCACUGCAUCCGCUGAUCGUCUGGACCUGUCCCUACAGACUGAAGCAGACUACCUGGAGCUAGACGCUGCGCUGGCCCAGCAGCAGCAUGCCUUCACUGGCUUCGCCAGACAGAUGUGGGCCUACAUCACUGUCAACCAGCUACUGGCCGAGAGGUCCAUGGCCCCCACUGCUGGUCAGAAGAGGAAGAUCACACAGAGGAUCCUGACCCUGGCUGUGGAGCACCAGUUUGUCACGCCCCUCACUGCCCUACUGGUGGAGAGUGAGGAGGCCAAGGAGAGGUUGCUCGCUGACUCCCCUAAUGACCCCAAACAGGGCUGCUGUGCAGGAGGAUCUGGUAUGGCUGCUCUCGGAGGAAGGACUCCAGUAAAGAUGGUUCACAGCAUCCCCCCCUGGGUCCAGAUGACCACCCCUGCCCCCCCUAGCCACGCCGAGAGGCCCCUACCAGAUCACAUCACCAUAGUGGAGAACGACCCUCACUUCAUCGUCCACCUGCCUAAAAACAACAUGGACAUCUGCUUCAACAUCGACUCAGAGCCUGGACACAUCCUCAAUCUGGUGUCAGACCCUGGUGCAGGCGUGGUGGUGAAUGGCCAGUUGAUUGGCUCUAAGAGGGUCGGGGUGGAGGAGAAGGAGAAGGUGAACACGUACUUUGGCACCAUAUCAGUGUUCUACCAGCCUGACGGCAUCAGUGUGUCAGUCAGCACCGACCGUAUCGACCUGACUCACGGCAGGAACAACCACUCCUUCACCUGGGGAGCAACGGCCGACAUCACCCAGGACAGGGUGAAGGUUUCCAUAGUGAAGGACUCCAAGGUGAUGGUGACGGUGGAUGACAAGAUCACUGUGAUGGUGCUGCUACAUCGUGUGUGGAAGAAACACCCAACCCACGUGGACUUCCUGGGCCUCUAUAUCCCCAACAACAACCAGUACUCCUCUCAGGCCCACGGCCUUAUAGGUCAGUUUGGCCAGGAGCCAGAGGUGAGGGUGUUUAACCUGCACCAGGGAGCUGACCCUCUGAAGAAGGAGGCCACCAUGGAGGUGAAGGGCAACAAGCUGGUCGUCACCAGGGGCUGGCAGAAGGACUACAGGCGGGAUCAGAAACGUGGAUCUGACGUCUUCUGCUGGUUCAUCCACAACAGUGGCAAAGGCUUCAUCGACGGCCAUUACACCAACUACAUCGUCCCGCGACUCGACAGCUUCCUGCCGCUCCCGCUCUGAGCGACCAAUCGCAAGGCACACAGGGGUACCAUGUAACCCAGGCAGCAAGAGACAGGGCAUAGUUAUAAUGGAUAUCCUCGUCCACAGGUACAGGAGACACACACAUAUGGAGCCAAUUUGACUAGACACAUAUGUGUUAUUACCCGUUUUCAUAUCACAGCUCUGUCCGACAACGCUCUCUCUUUAUGAAACGUUAUAAAAAGCAGUAUCAGUAUGUAUAGCAGUGUGAAUGUUUCAUCAUUUUCAUGAAGACUACGCUGCCAGCUUUACGUACACUUCUUCACCAGAACAUUCCAAUGACUGUUGUAUUUCUCAGACCUCAUCUUACAUGGCAAAAUCGAAUUGUUUUUCAAUCAACCAUUGUAUCAAACAAUUCAUAGGUCAAUUGUGUUGUACUUUAUUCAAUAAGUAAUAUUACAACAUUAAAAUGUAUUUGUAGAGAACCAUUUUAAUAACGAUACAAAAGAAAACUAAAAAGAAAAUGUUUCCCCCCCAUAAUCAUUGCUUGGCUAAGUCAGGAAGUGAUACCUCCAUAGAAAAUGCAUUCUGGGAUAUUUAGAGAAAGUAACUCUGACACAGUAGAGUCUCUCGGCUGAUGGGCCUCAGUGGCAGGGUAGGGGCUCUUGGGUUACGCUGUCAUGUAACAGAAGUCAUGAUAGAUCCGGCUAUUUUAGAGAAAUCCUCAUAGGCAAUCCCGUCCACCCUCCUCCCUUUCAUCCGACCCUGAGGAAGAAAACACACCCUUGUAUGAGAAAAUAAGAACCAUUCAUAUCAUCCCAAAGCAUUUGCUAUACCAAACAUCUAUUCCACCACCAAACGGUAGAAACUGAUGCAUGACGAGAGCCAUUUUGUGCCUGGUCCUUACCGAGUCAAGUGUGAGGGUGGCACUGAACUUUCUCUCGUCUAUGGAGUCCAGUAGGGCCUCUGUGUCUCUGUACACACCGUUCAGAACCAGGACCCGUUUACCUGUGGGACAGAUUUGAUUAUUAGAUUUGGUGAAAUAACAGGUCAGAUUACAGAUACAGUAAAAUAAUGUACAGUUUGCAAAUCAUACAUUUCCUGUGGACAUGUGUGUGUGUGUGUGUGUGUGUGUAACCGUGGCGAGAACUAGGUUACCUGGUGCAGGGAUGACCGUCUCCAGGUGACUCUGGUCUAGUUUCAGUUUGUCCCCUGUGUCAAUCAUCUUCACAACGGCUGUGUAUUUAUCCUGCACCUCCUACAAAACACAACUGUUAGCCUAAAUAGAUAUGAUAUUCUUCUCAAUGGCAGCGUACUGACUAUAAACCUCUUAUAAGCUACUUAGAACACAAAACUGGCCCAAUCAAACAUCUUGGAUAUGAUCAUGCAUGUGUGGAACUAAUGUGUUACCUUGAUGACUCCUUUCUUCUUGUGGUAUUUCUCCCCCAGUCUCUUGGUAACAACUUUGAUUACGAUGCCGGGGUGCAGCCAGUGGUCCGCUCUCACAGACCUCUUCUUCUGCUCCUCCAUCUGAACACAACACAGCUCACAAAGGGUUACAUGUGCACGUGUUUAACACAGAGUUAACUUGACAGUGCCUCAAGUCAGAGCUGAGAGGGAGAACUGGAAACACUACCGUACCUCCAUGAUCUCAUCCAGGGCUGACUUCUUCUUCUUCUCUUUGGCUUCUGAGGUGGAGGGCGCAUCUUUCCUUUUCCCUGAUCCUGCUGCCUUCAGGGCACUGGGACCCAGGGCCACACUAAGGGGAAGAGGUAGACACAGUGUUAAUCAGAGUGAAAUCCCCACAGUCAUUUACUUUUGCUGUUUUGCAUUGCUAUUGAUGACGGUGAGUCAGUCUUACUGAGAUCCAGGUUACUGUACCUGGCUUUAGAUAGGCCAUCCGCAGAGGAACAGGAGCCCUUGGCCAGAUUGAAGGUAACUGAAAUAUAACCAGCGAGAGAUGAGCGGACAAAACGGUGUAAUCUGUAUAAUUUCCGACCAAACGCAUCAUGAGUUACCUAUAAAAAAAUAUUAAAAACA